GUCACCGUCCGCCAUCUUGCUGCACCCGCAGGCUCUGGGAGCUGGGAGGGGAGAAGGGCAGGAAACCGGGAGGCGGGAAUCCUGGGAUAGUGGCGGACCUGAAGUUGGCCUCUGUGAAGGCUGUCUCAGGGAACGCGGACCAAGAAAAUUUGGAAGGUGGAGGAGCAUCCCAGGGCUGCCUCUUCCUUCGAAGGGCGGGAAGGGGUGGUUAGCGGCACCGUUUCUGGAGGAACUGGACUGAAAUGUGACCUCGGAAUGAAAUGUUUUUGCUUCCAUACGAGUGAGGGUCACCUUUCACCCUAUUCUUGGGUUUGGAAAAGCCACUGACCGUUCCAGGGCCCGAGCAGCACUUAGCCCUUUGGACUCGGCUGCCACGGAGAUCACUGGUACUGGGAAAACCUACAGUAGCAAUUGCUAUUUGGUCGGAUGGAGCUUGGGCGUCAGGAAUAGUCGAAUCACGCUCCCAUCGUCUCAUAGAUGAAUGGGGAAAUGAAUGUAACUCCGUGAGAAAGUUAUUAGACUUAAAAUCAUUUAAAGCAAAGCCUUAAGGCAGCCGGAGACUUCUGGAGUACCCGCGCUCGGAGCCACCACCCUCGCCCGUAACUGACAUGGCGCCCUCUCGGUCGGCGUUUCCGGGCGGGUCCUUCCGACGGCCCCCGCGGUGAUUCCAUCAUUCGGCUUCCUUCCCGGCUUGCCUCGCGCCCGGGCCGGGCUGGGCCAGAGCAGCCCAAGAUGGCCGACUUCGAGGAUCGGGUGUCGGAUGAGGAGAAGGUACGCAUAGCUGCUAAAUUCAUCACUCAUGCACCCCCAGGGGAAUUUAAUGAAGUGUUCAAUGAUGUCCGGCUACUACUUAACAAUGACAAUCUCCUCAGGGAAGGGGCAGCACAUGCGUUUGCCCAGUAUAACAUGGAUCAGUUCACGCCUGUGAAGAUAGAAGGAUAUGAAGAUCAGGUCUUAAUUACAGAACAUGGUGACCUGGGUAAUAGCAGAUUUUUAGAUCCAAGAAACAAAAUUUCCUUUAAGUUUGACCAUCUACGGAAAGAAGCAAGUGACCCCCAGCCAGAGGACGUAGAUGGAGGUCUGAAGUCUUGGAGAGAAUCCUGUGACAGUGCUUUAAGGGCCUAUGUGAAAGAUCAUUAUUCCAACGGCUUCUGUACUGUUUAUGCUAAAACUAUAGAUGGGCAACAGACCAUUAUUGCAUGUAUUGAAAGCCACCAGUUUCAGCCUAAAAACUUCUGGAAUGGUCGUUGGAGAUCAGAGUGGAAGUUCACCAUCACACCACCUACAGCCCAGGUGGUUGGAGUACUUAAGAUUCAGGUUCACUAUUAUGAAGAUGGCAAUGUUCAGUUGGUUAGUCAUAAAGAUGUACAGGAUUCAGUAACUGUUUCGAAUGAAGUCCAAACUGCCAAGGAGUUUAUUAAAAUCAUAGAGCAUGCAGAAAAUGAAUAUCAGACAGCAAUUAGUGAAAACUAUCAAACAAUGUCAGACACCACAUUCAAGGCCUUGCGCCGGCAGCUUCCGGUUACCCGCACCAAAAUCGACUGGAACAAGAUACUCAGCUACAAGAUUGGCAAAGAAAUGCAAAAUGCUUAAAGGCUGAAUGUAGGAUUCUUCAGUAUGUGGAAAGAAAGGAUUCAACAUGCGGUCAUAUGAUAAAUAAGUGAUUUAUAAACAAGAGUGAUAUUUUGCUAGGGCUUUCAAAGUUAACAGGUUUUCUAGCCUCAUGGAAUACUGUUGAACCUAUAGCAUCAUCUUGAUUCUUUUGUGUUCUCUGCCUUGUAAUUUUCUGUUUUCACUAUCUCUACUUGUAAAUUUUUUUUUUUUUUUUUUUAAUUCUGCCACAUUUAAUGAUGGAGAGAGAUCUAUCCUGGAGUCAUUUUACUGUUUAGAAAAUUUUCCUAGCCAUGAAGCCCUGUUAUUGAUACAGACAGGUAAUAUGCCCAGUACUUUUCUACCCCUAUCCUUCAAAGCACUUCUGGUACUUUAGUGGUUUUUACUGAUCCACCAACAGGUAAAGAGGCUAUGCUACAAACUAGCUGAAUGGAAGACACAUUCAUCCUUCUCCCUCUGACUGCUUUGAUUAUCAUUUAUAACAUCUCAUAACUGUAGUGUUCAAAAGUUUGGAUUGGGCUUUUCAGGUCCUUUUGUGGGGGCAAAGGAAGUUUUCUGGAAAUUCCAUUAUAACCAGCUUCUCUGGGGAAGUUGUUUUUAAAUCCAAAGACUUGAACCACAUUCCCUGCACAUGAACGUGUUUGCUUUUUUUCUCUUCCCUCAUUGUCUCCUUCCCAUCUAGUACCGUUAUAGUUAUAGACAUCUGCAUUUUUAGAAGAGUUUUACCCAUUUAUUAUUUUUUAUUAUUCAAGAACUGCUGACGUACUAGGGAUGUAGUAGAGUAUAAAACUUGAAAAAUGCAGAUGUUGAAGGAAUAAUAGUAUCUUGUGCUUUAAUACUUUGUGGCAGGAUUAUACUAUAAGCAGAUGAUUCAAACAACUAUGUAAAUCACAAACACAAACAAAAAAUGAACCAAAGUGAAAAGGAUACGUUCCAGGCAGUAUCUUUCUAUUGUAACCUGUUAUUUAAGGGAAUACUAGUGAUUUGUUCUAAAUAGGAUGUAAAACUUGUUCCAAAUUACUUUUCCUCAGUCCUGCCUGCCAAGAACUUAAAUGUAACUGUGAUUCAGCAACCCUUCCCAGGUAUAUUGGCAGGUAUAUGUAUGAUCUCAGAAUACACAGGUGACAUAGAUAUGAUAUGACAGCUGGUAAUGGUGGAUUCAUUUACAUUGUUUACACUUCUAUGACCAGGCCUUAAGGGAAGGUCAGUUUUUAAAAAACCAAGUAGUGUCUUCCUACCUAUCCAAAUACAUGUCAAAAAAGAAGGGUGUUUGUGCUUCAGCUUUGUUUUUGCUCAGUAAUACAGUCAAGCAAGUUUGUUUCCAAGUGACCAGUUGAACUGUGUAAGCAUUUUUGUUUAUUUCAAAUAAAAUAUAUUUGUAUUAUGUGUCAUUCAUACUAUCCAUUCAUACCACACUAUCCUCUGUAUCAGGUAGUCCAAUAGAAAUAUACCUGUUUUGUUCUUAAA